AUGCAAAGAAGAGAAAUGACCGCUAUGACUCAAAAUAAAUCUGAAACCCAAGAAUCCGUCAAAUAGUGUGGUAACUAAAAGGAUAUCUUGAAGUCAGAAGAAAUCAUGAGUCAAAAUCCCAUGUUGGACAAUACCUCUGAUGGUGAAAAAGUUGAAAAAUCAAUCAACUUACAAGCCAUAGCCGAAUAUCUCGAGCAAAUUGCUCGUUAAUAGGAUGCUGAAUAAGCUGUUCCUCACCCAACAUUCGCUGCUAAAAAAUUGCCUCCCAUCUCCAUUAUGGACUACUUAAAGAGACUCCAAAAAUUCACCGAUUGCUCAAAUGCUAAUUUCGUAUUAGCUUUGAUUUAUAUCGAGAGACUCCAAGAAAGUAUGGGAGAGAUUCUUUUGAAUUCAUACACCAUCUUGAGAUUAAUUUUGGCCUCUACUAUCAUCGCUAUCAAAUACAACUACGACUAAACCUUGAAGAACGACUACUACGCCAAGAUUGGAGGAGUCAAGAAGGAGGAACUUAACGAACUCGAAGCUGCUUUCUGCGAAAUGAUGGACUUCAGAUUAUACGUUAGUGACGAAACCUUUGAAAACUACGUUAACCAAUUCUCUUUCUGA